GAUUUGUCGGUGAACUACAACUAGUCGGGCGCGAUUUGCAACGCGGGACACAGACAUUUCCGAGGAUUCACAUACUUCAUGCAACCGCCUCGAGAGUAGAAAUAUCGAGGUAUAGUUUCGUAUAUUCAUAUGUUUCAUAGCAGUUAAGUGGAACUGCUUGCUAUUCUGCUGCGUUGGAAAUGACCGGGUUAUUUACUCCCGGCUGAAAUACAUACUUUGCGUUUGGGACCAUAUGUGUUGCAGCUCGACUUUUGAGCGGGUUUUUGCCAUUCAGUUGACACUUCGAUUUUAAGGAGUUUUUUUCUAUACACCAGCGAUGGCAGAGAAUAAGCACCCGCACGUUGUUUUUUGCAACGACUCGCCUAAAAGAGUUUUGGUGUCCGUCAUCAAGACCACCCCGAUCAAGCCCAGGCAGACAGAGGCCCUGAUGCCGACAAGUCCUGGAUUCAGCGACUUCAUGGUCUACCCCUGGAAGUGGGGAGAAAAUGCCCACAAUGUAUCGCUUAGCCCUGGAUCAAUGAAUGGAGCUUCGUCCCCAACUGGUACUACAACAGCCAGUGAAGCUGACCUUACGUCCUCUCCCGACCAGAUGAAGGAUGGUAUCCGGCGCGGCAGGCCACGUGCCGACACGGUCCAGGAGCUGAUCACCGAGGGGGAGACCUCCUCCAGCCAUAUCCGCUGUAACAUCUGCAACCGGGUUUUCCCCAGGGAAAAGUCCCUGCAGGCCCACAAGAGAACACACACAGGUGAGAGGCCAUACCUGUGUGAUUACCCCAACUGUGGGAAGGCGUUUGUCCAGAGUGGUCAGCUGAAGACCCACCAGCGACUGCAUACGGGCGAAAAGCCGUUUGCCUGUUCAGAGAAAGGAUGUGGAAAUCGUUUUACACACGCCAACCGCCACUGCCCUAAGCACCCUUUCAGCCGGCUGAAGAGAGAGGAGGCGAAGGAAUGCCUGGGCAAGGGUCAGUCCGUAGACAACAAGGCUGUGGCAGAGUGGCUGGCCAAGUACUGGCGGACCCGCGAGCAGCGAGCCCACACUGGGUCCCCCGGGGGCCCCAAGGGGAAGGGCCAGGCCGCCGAGGACCAGGAGCAGCAGGACCCCAUGGAAUUUGGCGACUCCGACGAGGAGGAAAUGGCGGAGGAGGAGAAGCCCGGAGGUCACGGAGGAGCCGCCAAGCGUUGUCUCCAGGAGCAACGCGAGCGCCUCCACGGCGCACUCGCUCUCAUUGAGCUGGCCAACAACCUCUCGGCAUGAGCGCUCACCUGGGCGUCUCUCUCUCGCUCGACCCGGGCCCCCGUCUCCCCCCCCCCCCCUCCUGGUCCUCUCCCGUAGUCCCGUUCUGCCUUCCUGUAUAGUAGGUGCAGUAGGAACCGCCGACGUGCCAGUACAGGUCUUCUAUGUUGGGUCAAAGCAGACGUGGGGGGGGGAGGGAAAGAAGAAGAAGAAGAAGUGAACAGGCCUCUUUUAUAGUCUGUCUGAAUAGACGAUCACGUUUCUCCUCAUUCUCGGCACAACACCAGGAGGAAACAAGCUAAAGCACCUUAUUCAGCUUUGAUUUUCUAUUAUUUUUAAGAUAAUUUUAGGCUGCUAUGAUUGUAGGUUUGAUGAUAUGAAGAAUGUUUUUGUCUUCUGACCUCUCUAUAAGGGAAAGAGGGAGUACAAUUAUGUUUUUGUUUUGUUUGCACUUUGGUAACGAGUUAUUUUUUAUAAGUAUAUUGUGUUUGUUAGGCGGGUGUGUGUGUCUGCGUGUGUGUAUGCUUUAAGGUCAGAUGGACAGAACGGUAAUAGGGUGUGGUCAGAUAAAAGAUUUUGCAGUUAUAUCCUUAAUCUUUAUCCAAAACUUUGUCAAAUGGCUUCUGGAUCUGCCUCGUUCAUCUCCAGCAUUGAGGAUACAGUGCUGCUGCUACUGAUGACGUUGAGUGUGUGUGUGUAUAUAUUUAUAUAUAACAAGGAAGAGUUUUGUACCUUGGUUUGCAGCAUCAUUGUUUUCUCUUCAAGAAAUAACCGGUGUGGGGCGGAUGAAUGAUUGCUGAUCAUGAGCAAAUUAAGACUUAAAGCAGCCAUUGUUUGUGAAUGAGAGGAUAACAUUUCAAGCCUUAUCAAAAGCUCUUACCAGGUAGAUUUUCAAAUGUUAAAGAAAACUACAUUUUUUGAAAUGUUAUAUCACCUCGACAACUGCAACUUAAGAAAUUCUAAUAUAUAUAGAUGACCUUAGCACUGAGACCAGGUGGUCUGUAAAAAAAAAAUAAAAAAAUUCUAUAAACCAUUUGGAGAGUUGCAAGUCAUGCAAUCUAUGGAUCAAGCUUGAAAUGAAACACAUUUGGCUAAUCAUCAGGCAAGUCGUGACAAAUAACAUUUGUCAUAAACCGAUUUGUGGAGCACUCUGGUGUUUUGAGACUUGUGAACAACACUACAUUUUCUGGCACUGUAUGAGGCCUCAUAAUUGGCCAAGUAUUCUAGUAGUGUUUUCUUCUUGAUCAUCAAUUUUCAAACAUAUUUGAUUAUGAACACAAGUCCCGAAUAUUUUGAUUUGAUAAAAUUAAAUUGAAUAGUUGAUAAUCAAAACACCUAAUAAUUACUAUUACUCAAAAUGUUUUAUACGAUGGAAUUAUUCUAACCUAUAGAUUAUUAUGUUGUGUGAGGAACCUGGCAUAUGAUAUAUACAUGUAUAUAUACAUGUAUAUAUAUAUACACCAUGUUAGAAAAUAGAGUGUACACAAUAUAAAGAGCUCUAAAGUUGACACUUAGAACAUUAUUAACAUCGGGUUUUUCCUUUCUGAAUGUAUCAUUAACAUUUGUACAUGUUUGGCAUAUAAAGAGAGUGAAACUGCUUGCUUGGUAGAAAUGUUGUAACACGAAGCAAAACUUCUAACAAGCUGUCCACACUGUUUGUGCAAGGUCUUCAAUAAACAAAGAAGUCAUAUGA